AUGUUGGAACAUUGGACGCCACGGUUAGCUUUUCAUAGUGAACGUUACCUGACUGAGAGUAUGUCUGGUGAUUGUUCUAUUUCGGAUCAAUGUGACAAAUCAGUGACUAUUUAUCAGACUGAAGAAGAAAAUUUAGAGACAAUGGAAACAGAAACGAUACUUGAAGAAUUUGUAAGAUUGAAGUUAAAACAAAGCUCGGGCAUUAUUCAACGCCGGCGAACUUCGACUGAUAUGGAAACGCAAGCCCUGAUCGGUCGUCUUAUAGAAAUAUCAAAUGAAUUGGAAGCUCAGUAUGGUGAAAGAUUGAAUCGCGAUGCUGAAAUGUGGAUAAAGUCAGCUACAUAUGAUAAAUUCUUGCAGAUUGCAAAAGGAGUUUUUUCCGAUGGAAUUAUUAACUGGUCACGCAUUGUAGUUCUGUUCAUGUUUGCUGUCAAAGUAGUAUUCAAUGCUGUUUCCAAGGGUUUUAAUGGUCUUGCAAGUGAAGUGAUACGAUUCGUUGUUAAAUUUAUAUUUAUCCAUGGCAUAUACAAAUGGGUGCAAAGUCAUGGCGGCUGGGUAGCUGUUUUACGCGAAUACACUCCACGUUCUAAUUCAAGUGGUCUAUUAGUAUUUGGUCUUACUUUAUUAAUUGUUUGUUUAUUAUUAUCAAGAAAGAUUUAGUCUACUGCACUUUUUGUAUUAUGGAUAGAAAACCAAAUUGAUGUACAAGCAGACAUAGGAUAGACCGAAAGUGAUUCGUAAAGGAUUAUGAGAUUUGAUAGUUUGAGAGUUUUUUUUUUUAAUUUCUCUACUCAGUACACACAAAACCAGGGCACCGACUGAGCAUUUCAGGUUUCUCUUUGAAGUAUAUGUAUGCAACUGUUAAGACUAUAAAAUUGUGGUUACGAUAAUCAUCUCUGUCUGUUCAUAUUUAUGCAUAUUGACGUAUUCUUGUACCUAUAUGAAUAAAUUUUCCCCUCGUUGUUGUUGUGGUCUUACUAUCAGUUUUGGAUCUUUUGCUUGAUGCAUUUGUGUAUAUGUGUGCUGGUAUGGAACUCGUAUCUGCUAACGAAUAUCUUUGCCACUUAUAAGUUUCUUUCGAAAUGAGGAAUAAGUAAACAAUCUCCAACCUAAUGUGCCUUGUUUACUAACUCUGAGGCUGUUGAAGAACUUUUUUUUAUUUGUCUUAGGUCAAAUUAUUGUUGCAUCAUCCAUCGGUUUUUUGUUGUUCUCUUACCCUAUGUAUAUUUUCCUGUAUAUCCCACCUCUCAUAGUUAUUUCGCUAAUCAUUUGCUCUCACUUGUGUUGUUUGUCGAAAUUCUCCGUUGUCUAUUGCCUUUUUCCCGUGGUGAUUAUUCAGCCACCCAUUAGUUUUAUUCUAGUAACAUAUCAGGUUAAAGUUUUCUCAUGUUAAUUGCGCAUUCUAUCAUUCGUUACACGACGCAUAGAAAAAACUUUGUUGUUCCUCUUUUUAUUUAUCAAAAAAAAGGAGUUAAUCUCUAUGCUGUAUUUAUUUUUCUCCCUAUAUCCAGUGUAAAUUAUGACUUCAUUGUACAUAUCGAUUUAAAUAUUUGUUUGAAGUUACUUGUCGUUUUAAUCUUUUAAAAUCUUAAGUAGCCAUGAAAGAAAAUGGAUGGAAAGUUUGUCUUAUGAAUUACAACAGGGAUGCCAGUUCAAUUCCAUAUUAAACUGUUUAUUUGAUAUGGUCAUAUAUUGAUGCAGUAUCACUUGCUGGAUGACAUUUCGAGUAGAACGUAUUGUUCAUAUUCAUAUCAAAGUAAUUAUACGACUUUCAAAAUUCCCUUUAUGUAUUUCAACAGUUUUUCACUCUUUUAUCUUAAUGGUAGUAAAAUUUUCCAGAUAUCUG